CAUCACUACAAUACAAAAGACGAAGCGCAGUUCUGUAAAGCGAGAGUUUCGUUUGCUCGUGAUCGAAAGUAGCUCUAGUUUCUCGCUAGAGGCAGAUGCGGCAGUUGUUGUUUGAUUUUAUUAGCCAGCAACGUUUCUUUUCCAUGUAUACGGGAUUCCGAGAGGUCAUUCAUUUUUGGAUAAUCUUCCACCACCCAUAGAGUCCCGGAUUCGAGUGGGCAGCGAGCUAGUAAGUAGUUGAACGGGACAAAUCACAGUACAUGUACGUCUGUCUCUCUCCGCAAACAAGUCUUCUUCGAUCGAGCGCCCACACUGAUUGGAGCAAGCACAGUUGGGUGCCGCGGCUAUUCCGUUGAGCAGCUCUGUCAGCGAAGAAAGGAAAACAUUCCCGUGACACUAGCCCGGAGGAUCCAGUCAUAGCCUGUUCACACUGUCCGCGCCAGUUCUGGGCAGUGGCACUAGAUCAGCUACCACCCGUAUACUACAGUAUACCUACCCUACUCUUCACUUGAGCGUGGAUGACCGGUCGAUCGCUCCUCUUCGUGGGACGAUCAGUACGACUCACUCUCGUAGAUCGAUCUACUGACCGCGAUCAGCAGCGUGAGGCAGUAGAUGACUGGAUCGCUAGCGGGUGAACACGCAUUGUCAGGUCACCGUGCUCACUGCACUCAUAACUGCAUCAGCCAAGCACCAUCUUGUGUACAUGUGACUUUCAAUGUCUUAUGCGGACACUGUUAUGAAUCUGAUCAGCUCACCGCUGCCAAAAUAUGGGUAGCAGCGAGUAGUCACGGCAAACUGAGAAGAUUCUUUAGCAGUACUGGCAAAGUAGCUCAACGGCUCAUUCCUGACGGUGAAACGAGCUCAAGGAACCUAUCUGUGGUGCUUCUCUGACUGGACAGACAGGGGUAGAGGUGGCCAGGAGAGCUGCACAGGAGGGCUAUCAAGGAGAGCCAUCCACAGGCUGUAGUGAUCAGGACGCCACCUUGAGGCCCGACUGGGACAACAACCGGGCACGUUGCCCAGAAAACAGCAACCUAGAGGGGUCCUGCUGCGUGGAUAUCUGAGGGCAGCACCACAGACAGCCCCUGGAACACACUCGUACUGGGUACACAAACACACCGGCUCACCGCCAGGGACAGCACCAGCCAGGUCACUGCCAGGGACAGCACCAGCCAGGUCACUGCCAGGCACAGCACCAGCCAGGUCACUGCCAGGGACAGCACCAGCCAGGUCACUGCCAGGGACAGCACCAGCCAGGUCACUGCCAGGGACAGCACCAGCCAGGUCACUGCCAGGGACAUCACCUGCCAGGUCACUGCCAGGGGCAGCACCAGCCAGGUCACUGCCGGGGACAGCACCAGCCAGGUCACUGCCAGGGACAGCACUAGCCAGGUCACUGCCAGGGACAGCACCAGCCAGGUCACUGCUAGGGACAGCACAAGCCAGGUCACUGCCAGGGACAGCACCAGCCAGGUCACUGCCAGGGACAGCACCAGCCAGGUCACUGCCAGGGACAGCACCAGCCAGGUCACUGCCAGGCACAGCACCAGCCAGGUCACUGCCAGGGACAGCACCAGCCAGGUCACUGCCAGGGACAGCACCAGCCAGGUCACUGCCAGGGACAGCACCAGCCAGGUCACUGCCAGGGACAUCACCUGCCAGGUCACUGCCAGGGGCAGCACCAGCCAGGUCACUGCCGGGGACAGCACCAGCCAGGUCACUGCCAGGGACAGCACUAGCCAGGUCACUGCCAGGGACAGCACCAGCCAGGUCACUGCUAGGGACAGCACAAGCCAGGUCACUGCCAGGGACAGCACCAGCCAGGUCACUGCCAGGGACAGCACCAGCCAGGUCACUGCCAGGCACAGCACCCGGGUCACUGCCAGGGAACCACAUCUGGGUCAAUACCAGGUCAUCACCUAGACUAACACCCAGGUCAGCAACCGGGUCAACACCCAGGUCAACACCCAGGUCAAUACCCCAGUCAUCACCCAGGCUAGCUACGAUUUCAAUACCCAGGCUAACACCCAGGUCAUCAACCAGGUCAACCACGAGGUCAACACCCACGUCAAUACUCCGGUUAUCACCCAGGUCAACAACCAGGUCAUCAACCAGGUCAAUACCCCGUUUAUCACAACUGACAUCGACCAGAGAACUUUCAAGAGGGACACCGGAGUACCCAGGACAAAACCCAACAUACUGACCCAGGAAGCAUACCCACGGCAGCCUCGCGCAAUAUUACAAGGCACUGAUUUGGGAAACUGCCAGAAACGAAAAAACAACCCAAUACAACAUACGCAUUGAACUGAGCAGUGUACGACAGCGUCGACUCUUCUCACAUCUGCAUUACACCGAUCACAACGAAGGGCUUUUGAUGCUGAGGAGGCCGAAUGCCGAGCUAAAGACUCUGUCUACUACUAAUUGACGGCUACUUGGUGACUUGACAUCACCUCUCAUCAACGUUUACAGGAACGGGCCUUGCAAGUGAUACAGAAGCACUGGCACUGACUUUGCACUGCUGCAAUGCUUCCACAGCAACACCAGCCAACGCAAAGGCAGAGGUAUGAUCAAGAAGAGAACGGACAGCACCAGCAGCACCAACAGCAUCAUCUUCAUCCGCAGCAGCACCAGCAGCAGCCGCGACAGCAGCAGGGACAGCAGCACCAGCAGCACCAGCAGCAGCACCAGCGCCAGCAACAACAGCAGCCGCGACAGCAGCAACAACAACAGCAGGGACAGCAGCCGCAACAUCAGCGGGGACAGCAGCAGGGACAGCAGCAGGGACAGCGUCAGGGCCAGCCAACCACAGCAUCAGACCAAAACCAUGCUGUUCCGGGUUCUGCACAUUUCGGUCAGCGUCCAUGCGAAUGGAUAGGCUCUGAAGAAGCCAUCAACACCGUUUUUCUACCCCGUCAUCUGCCAGACUAUCGUGCAGAGAGCACUGAGGAUCCACUGAAAUGCAACUAUGGAGAAAGCCAGGUGUUGAGUGCGUUUGCAGAUAUCAACGCUGACAUUCUGCCUGCUAAAACCACACGUAUGCUCUAUGCAUGGAAUGAUUCAUUCCGACCCAGCACUGAUCAACUUGACAGGACAUGGCAGAACUUGGCAGUCAACGAGCGAUUGCCCGUCUAUCUACCGGCACAAAAUGCAGCGCUGACAUUCGCCGUGCUGGAAGACAACCUUGUGGAAGUCAGCGGUUACGACAUCCAAGCUGCAGCAAAGACGGUGGUAUCCGCUAAAGGCCCUUUGCUCACUGAACAACCACGACUCUCAAUUGUCCUACCAAAGGAGCAUGCAUUCUCACGGACAAUGGCUGAGCAAAUCUGCUGUCUUCAACGGCAUGUCUUCCCUGAUGCCAUGGCAACAACUGAACGUCGUCACACAGUAUUGAAGGAGAAUCGUGAAGUCAUCAGCUCAAAGUACGUCUUUGAAUGGCUCUUCUCCGCAAUGGUGGCCCUACAGGAAUCAGACACGCCAGACUCGACUGUUGUUGCCGUGCAGAAGAAAGUGAGGGAUGUUGUGACAUUUCCCAGAAGCCAUGACUCCAGCAUGCUGCCAUGGCGUCGCAAUCCAACAUGGUUUGCUGUGAAGUAUAUUCUUCAUGCUACUCUGGUCAAGGACUGUGGGUUUGUGACCGGAACGGUCCUGUACAAGACCGCUAUGCUGCGAUUCAUGACACAAUUCCUCCUCUCCAACUCACCGCCAGGAAGCAGUAAAGGCCACAACAGCAAGGCCAAGGAUAGCAGCAACAACAGCAGCCGCAGCGGUAGUGGUGCCAGCAGCCAUGGCAACAGCAUCAGCGGUAGUGGUGCCAGCAGCCACAGCAACCACGGCAGCAGCAGUAUCAGCACGGACCUGCUGCAUCAGAUGCUAUGCAAAGUCAGCAAUCGCAUCCACAAACUGUCAUGUCUACUGGAGACUGCAGACCUGCCAGAUGGUAUGCUUGAGAUGUGUUUGCGACAGAUCAGUGUUUCCAUGACAACUGUCACCAACAUAAGUUCUACACUGCGUGUUGAUUGGAAGAAGCACUGUGCAUCACUGGAGUCCACAGCUAAAUUGGAUACCAUUGCAGCUGCUCCGGUUGAUGAGCAAUCAACUGUUCUGUCCCUGAGUGCAUCACGUGCCAGGAUCUCCAGGCUGCUUGGAGGCAACACGCCUAAGGUUGACAUUAUCCGCGGAGCAAUGGACCAGCAUGGCGAUGGCAGUGACUUGUCAAUGGCAGGCAUCAGCUCUCCUGAAGGCAGUCACAUUGGUCUACAUGCCUUUGAAGAACAGAUACUCAGGCGGUGGCAGCAGCGGAAACUGCAACCAAUGUCGACGGCAGACUGUCUGCGCAAGAUGAUGAGCUACACGAGUGCAACGGCUAAGAUCUAUGAUAAACCGGAUGCGAUAGCCCAAAGUCGUCGUCUCCUAGUGGCCUCCGUUCUCAUGGCAAUGUGUGACAUGUCAGCGACAUCUGAUCAUCCGUUGCUUCUCCAGCACGGAACUGAUGUGAACAUGGAACCACUACGCAACAUCCUGACAACCACGCCGCUGGAGAUGGAAAUUCUACACGAGGUGGAAGCAUACUACGGUGAUCGUUCUCUAAACGCAACACAGAAUACUGGGCCACUGCAACCCGGUGUGACCAGCAACUCUCUCUCCGUGCAAUACUUCAAUACACAACGUGAGAUGAAAGAACGUCUUGAGCAGCUCAUCGUCCAAGAUGAGCUGAAGGAGGAGGUGCACAGAACGGCUGUCCAGAACGCCUUGGAGAAGAUGAGUGAGGAUGAGCGGCGUCAUAGCAGAAUGAGCUGCCAGCACGAAUACGAAUGGAAUAGCGACUACACGGUGCAAACAGAAAACCACUAUUAUUGGCGCUGCAACAAGUGUACGCUGGAUAGAGAACUGGAUGGAAGAACGCAUCAGAUCUUUGAGCGUCUUCUUCCUCCCGAGCAGCCGUACAGGAAAGCCGCUGUGUUUGAGCUGUGUAUUCCCAGCAAUAUCAGCAGCUGGCGAGACUGCACUCUCGUUUUCAACGAGCACUUUCUCUUGUCUGUCUCAUUCAAGAAGGACACACCGUCUUCAAAACGGGAAUGGGUCGAACGCUUAUCCGGCUCAUCAGCUAAAGGAAAGGUGACGCUCGGGAGCACAAAUGUACCUUUCCUGAAUGCUCACUACUCCAGCAAGGGACUACGGAAUGAACACUGGCAGGAGUUUGUGAAGCCGUGCAACAUGAACUGCACUCUGGCUAAGGACAGCAAGGUGAUGCAGGUUCCAUAUUGUCAUAACGAUGACAUACGCAAAACCUGCACUCUUGACCACAGCAAUGGCCAGCUGCAGCAAUACAUCGAUGUGACAACGCACCAGCAGAGUGAUGUCAUCGCCAAACAGAAUGUCUGCCCGGAAUUCUUCAGCCUGCGCGAGUUCAUCACAUUCGGCAGUGUGCGUGCUGGACAGCGUCUUCAGUGGUACAACAUACUACGGGGUAUUCACCAGCGAACACUGCUACUACAUCGUGUGCAGGUUGUACAGCUUAUUGCACAGAGUGUAUGGCAGGCAGAGUCCAAUGAGGAACAAACCAUACUUCGUGAUGCCCAUCAUCCCUGUCAGGAUACCGCUUUCGUGGCAGAGUUCAGCCUUGAAUUGCGCACAGUACUCGGCAGUGUCAAGGGCAACUGGGCCAACUAUUGGUCUUUGUGUAGCGUUGUUCUACUGGCUAACCGCUUGCUAAGCUUGUACUUGACACAUGCACGUGCUGGGCCAGAACAGACUACCAUCUCCGCACUGUACACCAUCUUGGCGGAAUGUCGCCAGGAAGCUGUGAUAUGGCUGGAUAAAAUUCGUGCCCUGAUGGAGCAAGUCGAGGAUGAUUCAGCCGGUAACCUGCAAGAGGCUGCUGCUCACAUUGCAACGUUUGGUACGUUGACCUAUCAACACAGCGUUGAUCUGGACGGACACGACGCGAGAGCACUAUUCAACUGGCUGAAGUUCGUCACUGACCUCCAUGCUAACACAGUGCUGAAUCAAAGUCGAGCUCAGGGCUUCUUGGAUCAUCUUACUAAGCAAACAUUACGUAUUGCAUUCAACAACCACUCCUCCUUUAUCGCGAUCAUCAAGGACAGGAUGAAUAGCGAAGGCAGAAAUCCAGAAUUCGAGAACUUCAUCUCAGACUUCUACAUGCCUGGCAUAUCUGCUUUAAGCUAUAGAAUCCAUGAUGAGGAUCAGCUCUGGAUCAGCUGUAAGUGGAAGCAUGGACAUGAAGAGGAGUUUGUUCAAUUUGACCUGCGAGAAGGCAAAUGUUGGAUCAACGGAUUGCCGCCGGGAAGAUUGUCAACAGACAUCACCAGGUCGGAACUGUUCAGUCGACAUUUCAAGGCAACCGUCUUUGUCGUCAUGUCCUGCACCAGUCCACAGGGUCAGAUAGCGCAGGCAACAGGUGCCUUGGCAGCAUGCUCAGUGGACAACAUUGGCAAUGACUCAUCACCGGAGCAAGUUGGACCAUUCCUGUUUGCAAGACAUAAUCGCCUUGGCAGGAAACAGCUGUGCGUGUAUGAAUGCCGUGCCGAUGGUCGCGAAUUGUUGCUACUUGAUCCGUCUUGGUUCUCAGAUGGCAAUGCAUUUGACCUACCAGCGUUGAUGGUGGAUGAACACAGCUUCUGGUUAGAUAUCCACACUCACAAGAUCUACCUGCGCCCAGUGUACUUCAGGGACAAGAACUUUGCUGACGUAGACCGUUGUGAGUACAUUCUCAAGUUCAGCAAUGGUCGACUGUGCGUUUGUGAAGGUGCAUCCGUCGGCGUGUCCCCAGCAUCCACUCUGCUCAGUCUAACAUCCUCAGUUGGUGAAUCAGUACUGGAAGUGAUGCUGCGUAUUGAACUUGCCAAGUACAUUGAAAUCUGGUUGGAUGUGGAGGGGACGGUUCGUGUCCGUUUGCCGCGUCUUGGUUUGUCAUUCUUCAUCUGCAAUGAAGCCGACGGAUCGGUGGUGUUUAAAAGUGGUGACUACAUUGGCUGGAGUGUGGAUAGUGAUCAAAGUCUUGGUGGUACUCUACUCGGCCUGUCAACCGGUUUAGUUCUGGUGUCUAACAAGAGUGAGAAAUCCGAGCAGCGCUGUUUACUCUUACCACAUGGUCUACCAGUGUAUGGAUCUGCUGCUGAUGAGUCUACAAAUCAGCAUGCAAUUGUCAAAAUCCAACUUGAGAAAUUGUAUGAGCCAAGGAUGUUCCGUUUUGCCAUCCGACCCGACCUGCAGCAAUUGAAAGCUCCGGACAGCCGCUGUGCCUGGUUCUACCUGUCUUUGUUGCACGCCAUGACAUCAUUCGUCCAGCCAGACCCAUUCACUGAAAUGACUGGUAUGGAAAUGGCCAUUCUUAUACUCCAGUCAGCACGUUGUUGGUCAUGUGAUCCACUUGAUGAUACAUCCUUACUGUGGUUGUACCACACUGCACAACUAUCACCAUCUCGUCACUAUUACCCUGAGCACAUGGAAGUGAUGCAAACUGUCCAAUGGCCAGCUCAUCUACCAUCGUAUUGUGCAAGCGAUGCGUAUAUUCUAUUAGUGGACAAGAUCAUCAGCAACAGUAAGACUGUCUCAUUUCUUCACACUCAGGGUACAUCGGAAGCACGGGACAAGCUGCUGAAGUCCAUAGACCAUCUUUCAAAGAGGCCUCUGAACAAGAUGAGCUACACUUGGAGUCGUAACAACCUGCCAUUACUAGCUCGUCUUCAAGAAGACAAAGACGUGGCUUGUGCUUCUCCCACACCAGCAUUUGACCAUGUUCCAGCUCUGCACAAAGAAACAUGGGAAACAACAUGGAGGCUGGUGACUAGAAGUGGAGCAGCUAUGGCGUUCACAGCAGACAUCAUUGAUGAAGAACUACGUACACGAGCUGACAGCUGUAUGGAUGGCGAACAGAAAAAGUUCCGAAAAGGCAUCGAGCGUCUGUUCCUUUUGACUUGCAAGAGCUGGUCAGGAAUUGAUUUGUGCAGUGACUUCAUAGCACUUCAUGAACACAUUGACAGCUGUAAGGAAACUGUGGCUGAGCGUAUUCGACUGGCACUCAUGUUUUCACUAUGGACGUACGAAGGCAAGCAGAGUAGACUUUCCUUGCUCAUACUGGCAGCUCUUGCAAACUCUCGCGAGACAACAGAGCCCCCCGGACUGCGUCAGUUCCCAUCGCCGCAUGCUGUCCAGCCACCUGCCUCACACGUCUUCACGGCCAAAAUUAAAUCUUUUGAGGAUUUCUGCUCGUCCCGAGGUCUGGACAAACCCAGUGCCCAUGCCAGCAGUGUAACAGUGAGGAGCUACCAGGAACGACGCAGUCAGCUUGAGCAGCGGUAUGACUCAGAUAAGGCAACGCUGAAUGGCUGCAUUAGCCAAGACGUUGUGUUUGCCGGCAAUCUACUUAGCAAUGGUCCUUACUUUGACACCUACCAUAAGACCUCUUCUGCUUCACUACCAAUGGUCUUUCAAGUGUCGCAAGAGCACUUGUUUAAACGUGGAUACGAGUAUCGCAAUGAUUUUGCCGCUCGCCUCACGCACGCCAACUCCUCCAAGGUCCUGCAGCGCUACGCAGAGCUCAUGUCUGCCUCGGUGCAGGUGAUGGAGGUGACGACACCGCCUGCCGUGUUGGACCGCUUGGAACCUGACUCACAGGAACGCCAUCAAGAUUACUGUAGACUGCUUAGUAUCACGAUGCCGCCGGCCCCGCAUAGCCAAGACCGCAGUAGUAGCAGUACAGGUGAAGCACCCGGGCCGGUUGCCAUCAAACAGAACCAGCAGCCACACAGGGAUGGCGCCAACGAGCUGAGGGAAGUUGAACGGCUUCGAGAGCAGCUCCAAACCCCGCAACAGACGUCAGGAGGACAACGCAAUCCGAUCAUCGAUGAUUUCUCACACGAUCUGAAAAUGAGCCUCCAGGAUCUACGGCACCAUCCAUUGCCAAAGGUGGAGGCCAGUGGCAAGCGUGACAAUGACCAGUUCUUCUUCCAAAGCCUGAGACACAAGGAGAAGCUGCACGACAAGACAAGGAAGCAAGUGCAGCGUGCCGUGGACAGCAGCUAUGCUAGGCUCGAUUCCCAGAAAGCCAUGCACUCAUGCGGCCUGCUACUGCGCUGUCUCCCGCUGGCUCUGCUGCCACAUCUGCUGAGCAAGGUCCCGACAGUGCAAGGCCUUCUCAACAUCACCAUUGAUCAGGUCACAAGAAAGUGCAUUGUGCACUGGGCAGUGGAUAUGGUGAAUGUCCUGCGCUGGUCCCGCCUGAUUCGUCUUCACAAGAACGACCAACUGGACAUGUUGCAAAGAGAGCUAUCUAAUGAGCCGCACGCAAAUUGGGCUCCGCUCCAUCACGUGGAGUGGCUUCUCUUUGAGUUAGAGAAUGAUGCGUGCAUCUGGAAGAGACAAGUCGAUGUGGCCGUGCAAAUGAUGAACCCAUCAAGUUGCCUCGGCAUGGAGCAGCAAGACCACCAAGGCGAGCAGCUAUACGAACAGCAGCAGCAGCAGCAGCAGCAACAGCAGCGGCAGCAGCAGCAUCAUGAUGAUGUCAAGCUUGAAGAGAAGGCACAGAAUCAACUGCAUGCUGUGAUGCAGUUGAACAUGGGUGAAGGCAAGACUAGUGUCAUUUUACCAAUCAUUGCUGCUGAACUUGCAGACAGUGAGUCAUUGGUCAGAAUCAUCGUCUUGACUUCACUUCACAACACCAAUAUCAAUCAGCUUGUCUUCAAACUCGGUGGACUGCUCAACCAUCGUGUCUACUCUCUACCGUUUCGACGUGACAUCCCACUGAGUGAGGGUGACGCUGGCAGACUGAGGGAUUUCUUGCAGGUUGCUAGGCAACGGCGUGAUGUCAUGGUGACGGUCCGUGAGCACUUGUUGUCAUUGCAGAUCAAGCAUCAGGAAGCCUGCUUUAAACGCAACACCCAACUAGCAAGGAUAUUAAGCAAUCUGAUGAACGAUCUGCAUGUGUAUGCGCGUGACAUCAUUGACGAAGCGGAUGAAGUUCUGCAUCAUCGUUUUCAGCUCAUCUACCCACUCGGUGACUCUUCGCCACCAGAUGGCAAGGAGCUGCGUUGGGACGUGGCUGAACUUGUGUUGGAAGCUGUGAAAGUCUGCAUGCCUGCGAUCAAAGACAGGUUCAAGGAAGCCGUCACCUACACAAGCAAACAGGCGCAUGAAUUUCCGUUUGUGCGCGUCCACGAUUCCCCUGAGCAAGACCCGCUGUACAAGGCGCUUUGUGAAGCACUGGUAGACUACAUAUUUAGUGGCCGGGGGCGUUUGACAAAGCCCGACUUCAUGAAUGCAUUGACAAAGGCUACACCCGAGCAAAGAGAGCAGCUGAAACAGCUACUACAAACUCACAACCUUUCGAAAAUUGGUGCAGAUAUGUUCCGCAGCAUGCCCGAUAAGAUGACAUUGACAAUGCUGAUUCUGCGUGGUCUCCUGGCUAGCGGUGUCCUGUUGCUUGCACUGAAGAAGAGAUAUCGCGUUGAGUACGGUUUAAUGUCCACCACUCAACGCGCAGUGUCCAGCAGCAGCAGCAGCAGCAGCGGUGGCAACAACAGUGGCUCUGGCAGCAGCGAUAGCAGCAGCGGGAACAGCAGCGGCAACAGUGGCAGUAACAGACCCUCUGGGAGCAGCGGCAGCAGUGGCUCUGGGGGCAGUGAAAGUAGCAGCGGAAGCAGCAGCAGCAACAGCAACCCUGUUGUUAAUCGCCUGAUCCGAAUGGCCGUGCCUUUCCGUGCCAAAGAUGUGGCGGCAGAGCGUACCGAGUUUGGACAUCCGGAUGUUGCAAUUGUCCUCACUCUGCUCAGUUACUAUCAACACGGCCUGACUGAUGGUCAAAUCAAUACGGUCUUAGACAAGUUGGAUCACAGGGCCGCCAAGAAAGAAAUCUACAACUCAUGGGUGAAUGUUGCUGACGGUAACUCAGUGGAUGAAAGCAUACGAGAGUUUGACAGCAUAAAUCGCCAGGAUCCCCUGCAGAUGAAUAAUCUGGUGUAUCCGUUUCUGCGCUAUCACAUGGAUGCCAUCAACUUCUUCGUCAAUCUUACCAUUUUCCCCAGCGAGGCAAAGGAGUUUCCCCGGAAGCUGAUAGCCAAUGGUUGGUCAAUGACAUCGAGCAGUCGAGAGCGGUGUGUGACGGGUUUUAGUGGAACAAACGACACCCGUCAUUUGCUGCCAGGCUCCACAAAGCAACAGGACCUGCCACAGUUGAAGCAUACCAAUGCAUACGUGUGCAGCCUCUUACUGAGAAAGUGUAACAAUCGCUACAAUGUCCUGCCAGAAGACUGUAACGGACGCGCUCUGCUCACUGCUAUUACCGAGACAUCAUCUGGACGGAGACCGGCUACAACAACACCACCAUUAGCAACAGCAACAGCCAGCACCACCGUGAUAUCACCCAAUGAAGCAUCAUCAGCCAAUGCAACGGGUACAGUGCAGCCGAGAGCAGCAGAAGACGUACGGCGGAGAGAAGACACAGCAAUGAAAGCAGGGUUGUCACCAACAGCAGCAACAACAGCAGCAGCAGCAGCAGCAGCUGAACCUGAAGGCAUGGUGACAGGAGCCCUGAAGAUCAAAUCUCCACAAAAAUCAAGAGCAGUGAAAGCAGGUCCGAUCAACACUAUUAUCGACGCAGGUGCAGUUGUGCUGGAUUUGAGCAAUGAAGAGUUUGCAAAGCAAUGGCUCAAGCAGCGCACUGACAAAGAAGCAGUUAUCUACUUUGACACGGCUAAUCAAUUACGUGUGCUAGACCGUCGUAGUCACAGUGCAUGUAAACUGGAACUGAGUCCCUACGCCAGCAAUCUAAGUGAAUGUCUCGUCUACUUGGAUCAUGCUCAUUGCAGAGGUACCGAUCUUCAAAUGGUCGAUGAAACGAGAGCGGCAGUCACUCUGGGAAAGAACCUUCGUCGAGAUGAGUUUGUACAGGCGUGCAUGCGUAUGCGACGCUUGCGAAGCACACACUCGGUCAGCUUCUGGGCUCCACCAGAAAUCGACCGUCAGAUCCGGCAGCUGUGUAUGCUUUCUCCGGCAUAUGAUGUAGAGCACAAGCAUGUUGUACAGUGGUGUUUUCACAACAGUAUUUCAGCAACAGAGGAUAGUUUCUACUCUUGGGCCAGUCAGGGUCUUGCUCAUCUACAUACUGAGAAUGCUCUAGAACCGUGCCGAGCAGCUGAUGUAUCCGAUGACGUCAUUAGGAAGACCGGUAAAGAGUGCAGCUUACAAGACCGUCUAGAGCUGUGUGAGAUGUAUGGUCAAGUCCGGAGCUUACAGUCAGUAGCUGACAUAGUGGAACAGCGAGGCAAGUCACUGCAAGGUGCGAGGGAGAUUGUGAAGCGCUGCACUCAGCUCGUGCCGCACCAGCGUCGCUACGCCCAGGAGCUAGAUGAGGAACAGGAGAGGGAGCUCGAGCAGGAGAUAGAGGAAGAACGCGAGCGGGAACUCCCACCGCCGAAGAAGCCCGUAAAGGAAUUCCUCUUGCCGUACUUGAAGAUAAUGGCUGUACAUGGCAGGUUGGUGAGUCAGCUCGGCCAUAACGAUCUCACUCCAGUUUGGCGUUGCUUUGAAGGGACGCAGCUUCCACUCACUAAGUUCCAAUCGGCAGUGAGCAGCAGGCUGUGGAACUGCAAUGCACACCUACAUGCAACACAUUCGUUUCGUAGAACCGUUGAAGAUGCAGAUGUGCUGAGCAACAUGGAUGACUUCCUCAGACCAGUGGAGUGGGUCCUGCUGGUCAAUCACCCGGAGAGCGCUACAAUCAUACUGAUCAGCCCAUUUCAGGCCAACGAGCUUUCCAAGAUUCACCGAAAAAAUCCUGGCAACUGGAGCAGAUCGUCAUCUCUGUUGAUGUACGCUAGUCUGGGAAACAAGAUGCAAUCAAUCAUGUCCGAUUGGCGGUGUACGUUGGCUGGUGAAGCACUUUCUCCGCUGCCACGACUACCAGUGUCGCAACGAAGACUGUUUGGAGAGAUCCUCUGCUUCUCUGGUGGACUGUUCUUGGGACGAGAUCGUGCGGAGAUGCUGGCCAACAUGUCCGCCAUUGCCGACGUGUUUAGUUUAUCUCCUGCACCUGACAGUGGCAGCAAAGAGACCGUCAGACAUAUCAAGAGUGAGCGCAAGCUUGGUGGUGAUGUUGUCGACCCGCUGGAGUUCCUACGCCACGUCAUGUCGGCACUGCGCUCGGCCGAGAGCCUGGAGCGCAGUGAAAUGGGAAUGCUGGUGCUGCGCUCCGCCUGGCCAGCCCUGCCAGAGAUAGACCUAUGCCGCCAGAGCCUCCGCUAGCAUCCUGUGCAGCUGUUCUGAACGGGAGUUCGUGGAGAAUCACCCUGUCAUCAACUGUUCUGCUUGCUGCCCUGCUUGCGGGACACGCCAGGGCAGUGUGUCUGCAGGGUAACAUGAGGUACAGUCACCGUUGUCCCAUUCUUGCCCACAUCAGUUCUGUCAAAAUGAUCAGUUUUGAUUGUGUUACUGCAUACUGGCCUGCACAAUUCAGCAUCCAUCACAUACCGUUCAGAGUGUGGCGAUGUCUACGAGUACGUCUAUGCAAAUACUCUCUUGCCACCGACAUGCACAAUGUCUAUCGUAACUUUUAAUCGUUCUUCGCAGUUUCGAUUUGUAUUGCUUGUGCUCUUUGGAAUUUAUCUUGCCCAUUGUUUGCUUCAUGAGGCCUGUAUCUGCUGUCUUUUCUUUUUUAAAGAUUUUGCUGACAAUUGCAAGUCUACCUUUCUCCAAAUUGUCCUACCCCCCCCCCCCCACCCGGAACGCCGGCACCACUGCCAUUCCUGCGGCUCCUACUUGUGUGUACAUUAACUGGCAUCCAAUGGAUCACUACCUCUCCUCCCCACCCCCCCCCCCCCCCCCACACACACACAGCAACCGACAUGUAUACUUGCGCACAAGCAAGUAGUUAGUCGACAUGCCAGCCUAUCCCACCCUGACUGAGUAUGCUCACAAACCUACAUGUAUGCACGUACCCCCCUUUCCCCCCUCUCCCCCCAUGAUGCAUGUACACACACAUACACAUACACACACACACACACACACACGCACACCUCAGACAUGCCCAUCGCGGAAGCGAUGAUAGCGAACAGCUAUGUUAGAGAUAGCAACUUGUGCUGGGAUUACACCAUUCAACAGCUUGCAAGGCUGAUGAAUAGACCGCCACUAUUUUUAGCCUGGUAUCCACCACACAGCUGUUUGAAGUGACUUUUUCUGGAUAUGCACACACACACGCACACACACACACACACACACACACACACACACACACACACACACACACACACACACACACACACAUACACACACACCACCGUGCAUAUAGUGGUUGCCCUACUAGCAUUCUUACCAAUGUCAGAUGCCAGCAGCGGUUGCACAACUACACAUUGCUGUUGAAGAUCUCACCCGCAGUUUUCUCUUGCCAACACACCCUCAACUAGUGAUCUACAUAAUAUCAUUAUCUUGGCCGUUGUGUAUUAUCCAUGAGGUCAUUGUGUAUUAUCCAUGAGGUCAUUGUGUGCACAUGCAUGUUUCAUUUCUACAUUAUCUUGUUUUCGUUCAACUCGAGUGCUGUUCUGCAUUCCCUCUCAUUACUGUGUGCAUGGCCAUCCACUGAUUUCGCUUUCUAGCCCACGUUAUGAACUCAUGCUAUACAUGCCCUGCGCGCCUUGCCGCGGUGCCCUGGCACUUGCACUGUAGCUCAUUUUGAGUCUUUUGACAUCCUGGCAGUCUGGUGUAGGUCUUUUUAAUUUUAUCAAUUUACGUUGUGCUUUCAGUAAAUUCAGCUCUCUCAGUGACAACCUCUUA